AACAGCGGGUGCAGAGCGGGGUGGGCUUCCGGCGCGGCCCAGAAGCAGCGGCGGUGGGCUAGGAGGUGAGAGACGGGAGAGGUAGAGUUUGGGACUUAACAGCGAGAGCCAUGGUUUAGGCUCCAAUCUGUAGGAGGAACGAGGCCCGGAUAGCUUGACUCCUUGCCCUCCACAGAUCCCGCCUGCGCCUCUGUGGACCUAGCAGGCACAGAGAGCGACAGUGGCCGGAAACCUUAGCAGCUGCGCCCUGGCUCUGCACGCCCUUCGGUGGCGUCCUCUGUUCGCUCAGUCUCCACCUACACGCCACUCCAGAGCACAGUAAGCCAGCAGGAAGGCCGUGAGGAGAGUGCUCCUCCCAGGACCCAUCCUGUGAAAGUUCCGCAGAUCCUGACUGUAGGGGAAUGGGAUUCUUCACGGGCCCUGGUCUGGAAGCCAGCAGAGCUGCAAAGAGGCGGCACGAAGCGAGACCGGUGUCUACACUGGCUCAAGGUCAAACAGAGCGCCCUUGAGAGGCAUCACGCCAAAUCCCUCUUAACUUUCAGGCUGCUCCACAGAUCUUACGUUCCCCAUCACUACGGGUGAGCGAAGAACCAGGAGCCCUGUUUCUGGUCUUUGAACCUGGGGCCGGAAGUAGAAACUCUGUAAAUAGAAACACAGGCCCACGAUUCUAGAGGUGUUCACCUGGCCCCUGACUCUGAAAGAUUCAGGUGACCUUUUCAGCCCCAGCGCUCACCAGGAACUCUGCUCAGGGUCCCUUCCUCAGAAUUCACCAAAAUCAGGGCCCAUCUAGUGCUCAGGCCUAGAAAGGAGUAGUUAUUCUAAGCUUGCUGUUCUCAUACAGUCUAUUGAGUCAUUUUUGUGGCCCUUUUGCCUUUGCUACGUAGUCUUCCCUGACACUCCUCUACCCCCAAAAUAGCCAGCUCAGAGCCAACAUCAGGCCGGGAGCUACACAGAACAAGUUCACAGAUGAAAACCUAGGCCUCCUGCUAGGUUGUAGCUGCACACAUUGUAACCUGAGAAUUCAGCAGUCAAUGGUCGAAUCACACUAAUAUACAUCCUUUUGGCAAGGAGGGAAGAUGAGGGCCUCUAGUUCCCCGUGGUGUGUUCUGCAGUAAUUUUAACCAUGGUUCAAUUGCAUCUCGUUUACAGUGAGGUAUCCUGAGAAGCCGAGCUGGAACUACAUUCCUGGUUUGGCAGAUGGGAAGACUAAGCAUUAACUCAAAGUUAUUUAAUAAGGAAGCAAUAAAAUGAGGCUAGGCAGGAGCUAGGGCCACUUACCACUGAGGGCGCCUGGGGCCAAGGGAGAAAUUUUGGGAUGAAGAUGAAGUGGGAAGGACAGAUAAUAAAGCUGCCCAAGCCUGAGCAAUUAUUUUGAGGAGAACUGUGCAAUAUAACCAUUGUUAAACUCCUGUCAUCUUGUUUUGAAAUCAUAAACCGGCAUUGGUUUUGGUUGUCGUUUUGCUUUUGCUAUUUUUGUUUGCUUCUUGAUUUUUUCCUGUUUUUUUUCUCUUUAAAAUUAAAAAUAAUAAUUUUUUUAAAAAGCUACCCAGAGUGAUGUGGAGUGAACUGAGGGUUUUUCUGAGCCUUUACAAGCCUGACUUUUGACCCAUGCUAGUGCAAUCCUUGCCCAGUCCCUAUAGGAAGUCAGACAAUACCCUCAGGAGGUGCCACUGGCAUUGUAUGAGAUGUGAUCAAAAUACAAAGUAUUUUUAAAUUUUAAAAUGAAUUACAGUAAGAUACAGUGUACCUUACAUUAAUUCCCCUUGCUUGGAACACAUUUAUCUCAUUGUUCUUGCCACUUUCUGAAGUAGUUCCAGGCCCUCUCUUGUAUGUCUUUAUGGUGUAUGAUCAAAAAUACAGUGAAUGCUGCCUCUCAGUGGCAUCCAAAAGGAAGGUAGGCUGGUAAAAACAUUAGUAUGUUCGCAUCCACCCUAUUUGUCAGACCUGGCAUCACAAAACUUCUAGUUCUUCCCCAAAGUCACAAUGACCAUCAAAGGUAAACACUUUGAAACACAGGUGCACACUAGAGUCAACUACAAUGAAGGACUACAGAACCACUUCAGAAAAUAGCAAGAAUGAGCAGUGUGUUCCAAGCAAGGGAGAGUAUUUUGAGAGGGAUAAAUGGCAAUGUUUCCAUUCUUAAACACUUACUGAAACUUUUGGGUUUUUUGAUAUAAAGUUUCACUAUGUAGUUCAGCUGGCUUUUAACACUACAUUGCCCAGCCUGGCCCUGAACUUUGGAAGUCUCAGCCUCCCAAGUGAAGGUAUCACAAGUGUGCGUUGCCAUAACUGGCUAAUUUUUUUAAAAUGUAAAUGUUCAAAUAAUAGAAUAAAAUAAUAUAGUGUGGAGGAUGUGGCUCAGUGGUAGAGCACUUGCCUUACUUAUACAAAGCUCUGGUUUCCAUCUCUAGCAACACAAAAACAAAACAGCCCUUACUCUUUAGUGAGCACUUAGUCACAACUCUUAUGUAGUAGGGACCAUUAUUCUAGAUUUUGCAGAUGAGGAAACUAAGGUUCAGAGAACUUAAGCAACUUACUUAGUCAUACUAGCUAGUGUAAUAGGGGCAUUCAAAUCUAGUUGUCAGGUUUUGGAACUCCUGUCCAGUAUCACUGAUCUGUAGAGUAGACCCCAGUGUUUUUCAGCAGCACUGUCCAACUUCAUACUCAUGUCCCGCCUCAAUUUCUCUGGUCCACUUUGCAAAUGUGUAACAUGAGAUUUUUUUUUUUUUAAUACAAGUUACUAAACCCAGGGCCUUUGCACAGAGCUACACCUCCAGCCCUUUCUUAGUGUUGCUGUUGUUUUGAGUUAGUCUGGCAAAAUUGCCUAUGCAGGGUUCAAACUUUCCAGUCUCAGCCUCAGACUUUAGUGGUGGGAUUAUAAUGUGUGUGCACCCACCACCUCUGGCUGAAACAUUUUAAACAAUUUAAAGGACUAUUAGGAGUUAAAGGCUAACUCCUGAAUUGUAAAUCAAAAAGCAUGAAAGUGCUAAGAAGGACUUAGAAUUCGGGAUCCUCUGCCAACUCAAGCUGAUCCGUUGUGAGGUCUCAGGAAGGCUGAGCGCCUUACUCCUGACGCCAAGUAAAAGCGGCUACUGUACUCCUGGCCAUCAGGGAGGCUCAGCGCCCGAGGCUGUGACCCGGGCGAGGUCCUGGGAAGGAGGCUGCAGGGACCAGAGCCGGCUCGCGGGGGCGUGUGAGGGCGGAGUCGCAGGUCCUCCUCCCUGCAGUGCCGAGUGGCUCCUCGUGCUUUUCGCGGCUCGCCCGCCCGGAGCUGGACGUUCGGAGGCGCUCACGGCUGACAGGCGCUGCGGGGAGCACAGCACGGCAAGGUGCGUCCGAGAUCUCUGGUUUGGGAAGGAGCUAGAAACACACUUGGGGAAAGAACGACUCCACUGGUUGCCAGCGGCCUCGGGAGAUCGCCAACCCUCGAGUUCCAAACGAACGAGGACCCUAGGACGGGCCCGGGGCGUUGAAUCCGCCAUGGCCGCGCGCGCCUGCGGGCUGUGCCACAUCGCCUUCCACGUGCCCGCCGGGCAGCCCCUCGCCAGGCGCCUGCAGCGCUUCUUUGGCUUCCAACCCUUGGCGGCGCGGGAGGCGGGUGGCUGGAAGCAGCUGGCCCUGCGCAGCGGAGACGCCGUCUUCCUGGUGAACGAGGGCGCGGGGCCCGGGGAGCCGCUAUACGGUGUGGACCUGCAUCACUCAGUGCCCAGCGCAACGAACCUGUGCUUCGAUGUGGAGGACCCGGACGCGGCUGCGCGAGCGCUGGCGGCUCAGGGGUGCCGCGUGCUGGUGCCCCCUGUCAGGGUGCAGGACGCGCAGGGCGCAGCCACCUAUACGGUGCUUAGGUCUCCCGCCGGCAAUCUCAGCCUGACCUUGCUGGCGCGCGCUAGCUACCGCGGGCGCUUCCUUCCCGGCUUCCGACCCGUACCCUCCGCGCCCGGCCCGUGCUGGGUCAGCCACGUGGACCACUUGACCUUGGCUUGUACCUCCGGCAGCUCCCCUGCACUUCGGCGAUGGUUUCACGAUUACUUGGGCUUUCGCCACUUGCCGCUAAGCCCAGGAGAGGAUCCGGAGCUGGGUCUCGAGGUGGCUGCUGGAUCCGGGGGUGGGGGACUGCGGCUCACCGCCCUACAGUCCCCGAUGUGCAGCUCUGUUCCCACCCUCGUGCUGGCCGAGUCUCUGCCGGGAGCCACCAGUACACAAGAUCAGGUGGAGCAGUUCUUGGCCCGGCACAGAGGGCCGGGCCUGCAGCACGUAGGGCUUUACACUCCGAAUAUCUUGGAAGCCACGAAGGAGAUGGUGUUGGCAGGAGGUGAGCUCCUCAAGCCCCCUGAAGCCUACUACCAGCAGCCUGGCAAAGAGGGGCAGAUCCAUGCAGCAGGGCAGCAGCCUAGUUUUCUGGCUCAACAGGGAAUCCUGAUUGAUGACAGAUCUGAUGGCUCCCACUCCACAGCCCACAAAACCUAGCAUAAACAUCUCACACCUGGAAGACUAUUGCCUUGAUCUCCAGAUCAAGAACUAUUCCUCUGUCCCCUGUGAAGCCUGGAGAAUGUUCACCCAAACUUGUCAAAUGACUGGAAAAACAUGGAGUCAGGUCUAGGGCAAGGUAGUUGCCAUGAGACUCACCCUGCAGGUCCCUGUCUGAUGUGCCUCAUACAUUCGGAACACCUGGCGGAGAAGAAAAGGAGACAAGACAGGACUAGCACCUUCUCCAAACAGCCAGAUCCCUAUGCUCUGCCCUCAACUUCAGGCCCCAGCACUUUGGAUGCCUUUUUCUUUUUAUACAGUAAGUUUAGGUAAAUUGCAGCAUGUGGGAAACACAAAAAGGGACAAUAUAGACAACAAAUGUA